GGUUUUCACUUCCUCUUUAGCAGUCACAAAAUAGCAGACAUUUGGGAAGCAGCCAUAAUUGUACCUGUUCCGAAGUCCCCUAGAUCCUCAGGCCUCAAUGACUUCAGACCGAUCGAGUCAUGAAGUGCUUUGAACGCCUGUUGAAGAUACCAGCUAAUCUAGUUUCCCACAUGUCCUUCACAUUGGCAACUACGUAUAUAUCACACAACCUGUCAACCAAAAUCUUGUGUCUCUUGUACACUUCCGCCAGACGGAAACUGACAAAACGAGAGAGAAAAAAAGGAACCAGCAACAGACGCAGUACCAGACCACAGCCUGUCCAGCCCGAGAGAGGAGCUACAGCCUCAAAACAUUGUUAUAUUCCAUUUGGGGAAAUAUCUUCAGGGAUCUAACAGAGGUGAAGUCAUCCUGCUCCACAUUUGCAUGGCGGCGUGGGACCUGUCCAUCACAGUGGAGGACUUGGGGCCUGAUGCACUACCUGUCAGCCUCAGUGUGACCUCUGACCUCCAUGUGGGAGGUGUCAUCCUCAAGCUGGUGGACAAGACACAGGUCAAGCGUGACUGGUCAGAUCACGCUCUGUGGUGGGAUCAGAAGCAGAGGUGGCUGCUGCGGACGUCCUGGACUUUGGAGAAGUACGGCAUUCAUGCUGACGCCCGGCUGGUCUUCAUGCCCCAACACAAGCCCCUCAGGUUGGGUCUGCCCAAUGGCGUCACCCUGAGGCUGUGUGCCUGCUUCUCCAGCCCAGUCUUCCAGACAGUAAUGGGCAUCUGCAGACUACUAAACAUUCGCCACCCGGAGGAGCUCUCCCUCCUUCGGCCCGUAGAGGAGAAGAAAAAGAAGAAAGAGAAAGGCUCGGCAGAGGAGAUUUUUGAUCUGACGGCAGUGCCUCUUUCCUCAGCAUCCAGACCCAGUUUGUAUAACGGCAUGCCAGCUCAUUUCAUCGGCUCGCCACAGAUGGAGGCCAUCUACAAGAUGUUGUCAGUCCCCCAGCCUCCCCCUGCCCCUGGGGUUAUAAACCAGCAAUACCGCCCAGCCAGUGUAGUGGACAAGGCCCACAUCAAUGGCAGGUGGUUGGAUUCGUCUCGCUGUCUCAUGCAGCAGGCAAUCCAAGAAAAUGACCGACUGUGGCUUCGCUUCAAAUACUUUGCCUUCUGUGACAUCGAACCGAAGCGGGCGGUGUCCUUUCCUUCACAGUAUGAUAUGGUGCGUCUGACCCAGCUGUAUGAGCAGGCUCGGUGGGCCAUCCUUCUGGAAGAUAUCGACUGCACAGAAGAGGAGAUGAUGCUUUUUGGAGCUUUGCAGUAUCACAUUAGCAAGGUGUCACAGUCCGAGCCCCAGACAACCUGCUCGGGUGCAGCCAUGGACGACCUUGAGUUAGCACUUCAGUCCCUGGAAGUCAAGAUGGAGGGCGAGGGCAGCUCUGCCUCUGAGAUGCUGGAUAACAUGACUGCACCCGAGCUUAACGAUUACCUGAAGAUCUUCAGGCCCAAGAGGUUGACUCUGAAAGGAUAUAAGCAGUACUGGUUCAAGUUCCAGGAUGCCUCCAUCUCUUAUUUUAAGAGCAAAGAGGAGAGCAUUGGAGAGCCGAUUCAACAGAUUAAUCUAAAAGGCUGUGAGGUGGCACCAGACGUCAACAUGGCAGCUCAGAAGUUCCUCAUCCGGCUCCUGAUACCCGCGCCUGAGGGAAUGAACGAAGUCUACCUCCGCUGUGAAAAUGAGGAGCAGUAUGCACGCUGGAUGGCCGGAUGUCGCCUGGCAUCCAAGAGCAAGAGCCUGGCAGACAGCAGUUUCCAGAGUGAGAUACGCAGCAUCCGCUCCUUCCUGGCCAUGCAAAACAUCAGCUCUAGUUCCCAUGGCAGUGCAAACGCUUCAGACGAAAGCAUCAACACCCUCAGCUUGGUGUCGCCACGCUACCAUAAGAAGUACAAAACUAAACAGCUGACCCCUCGUAUCCUGGACGCGUACCAGAACGUGGCUCAGCUAUCAUUGAUCGAUGCGGUCACACGCUUCCUGCAAAUCUGGCAGGCUUUGCCCGACUUUGGCGUCUCAUACGUAGUGGUCAGGUUUAAAGGUAGUCGUAAAGAUGAGGUACUAGGCAUUGCCCCUAACCGUAUGAUCCGCAUCGACCUGGGUGUGGGUGACGUGGUGAAGACCUGGCGCUACAACAACAUGAAGCAGUGGAACGUCAACUGGGACAUAAAACAGGUGGCCAUUGAGUUUGAAGGUAACAUCAACGUCGCCUUCAGCUGCGUGACAGCCGACUGCAAAAUAGUUCACGAGUUCAUCGGGGGCUACAUCUUUAUGUCGACACGGAGUCGGGACACGCUCAACGAAGAGCUCUUCCACAAGCUGACUGGCGGCCAUGAAGCGCUGUAAAAACUAAAAAGGCACAAAAGGAUGAUCCUCCCAAGUAUCUCAAUGGUGGACAAUCAUACUGAACAGGCACUGCCGUACCAGUGACGUGACCAGAUGAAAUAGCACAUUUACCUCCUUGUCACGAAAAACAGUGAAAGAACAACAAUACAGAGCAACAUAAAGUGUUCACCACAUACAUUUUGAAUCAAAUAAACACCCCACACUGUAUUAAAGGUUGAAUGCUUGGAUGUUUA